CUGUUUUGUGCACCGGACCCGAAUCGAAACCAAAGCAAACAUAUGCUACCACCGUUGUACAAUAUUAUCAUGAUUUCGUGCCCCCUUCUCCUUGUCUUGCAUACGCUAAGAGGACACCCCUCCCUGUGUUUAUCGAAAGCAAAUUGGCAUAUCGAGUGGUUGCAGAAUCACGGCCCGGACUGAGUAAAGAAUCUGAGUUCUUGACAUGGCUGCAGAGGCCAUACCGGUAUGCGAUAUCUACUGGCCAGUGGUCCACGACGGAACUACAACAGAUAGCAUUCAUUAUCAAAAGUUGCUUGUUUCAAUGACAUUCUUGACAGGGUUGCUCGGACGAGUGGAGUCCAACUUCCAGCUAUUACACUGCUAUCGAACCCUGUACCUGGUACAUGUACUAUAAAAUUACAUGAUAGUUUUUCUCACCUUUUAUCCUUGGCAGCACUUGCAAUCAAGCCUUAGCGAAGAAUAUGAAAGGCAAGGCAGUGCUUGGUACGGUGCGCAUUCAAAGACUGACGGUGUCAAAACACGGUGAGGCCUUGAGUGUCUCUGCGUGGAAAUUGAUUGCAUGCUGAAACCUCACAGAAAGCGAAUACGAACCCAGCACAGGGUGCCCCAGCAAGCUCGCGUGGAGAGUGGAGAUCUCGAGGCAUCCGGGGAAGCCUGGUCUAGUUAGCUGCUGUCACACCAUCACUCGAUUUGACCCAACAUUGUAGCAAGCCACAUUCCGCAAGCAGCACCCACAAUAACGUGCAACCUAGCUAUCGUACAAUAGAGACCAUGGAUCGAGAACAACUGGAACAAAGCCUCAAUGUCAUCAAGGCAAAACCUAUCGAUCCCUUGAUGCAGCUCACUCGGGAGGAAAUUGCCAGGGCCAUCAACGUCAUGGCCAACGUUGAGCAGGACGAAAGAAUUCAGAACCGAUCCGAUUUUGAGUAUGUUCAGUAUGCCCUCACAAACCUGAAUGAAACUGUAGAACAAGUUCUGGAGCGUGUCUACUUGAUGCAAUGUUUUCGACAAGAAUACAAAAUCAACAACACUCCCGAAGAGGGAGCCAAUUUCCUUCACAAUUUUUCCAUCAUGUGCCCUGGGCUGUUGCUUGGUGUGGAUCAUCUGCCGUUACAAGAAAGCUAUUCAGUAGCCAUUGAUAUUGCAAAGCUUCUCCCCAAGGAACAAAUCCGAACAGAUGAAGACUUGAGGGUUUAUAUGGCUGGCCAUUAUUACUAUUGGACCAGUCUGUAUCCAAACUUUAUGGCCAUUCGUCAAGGGUUUACUAUGGUUUGUGAAUGUGAGGGGACAACAAUGGCAUCCUUUGAUCCAGAGCUGUUUGAAAAAUCGGGGCAUCACCUUUUCAAAUCAUACCCCAAAAAGGAAAAGAACGUGUUUGUGCUCAAUACAUCCACAGUAAUCAACAUGUGGUGGGCCUUGUUCAAGAGAUUUUUGCGGGCCGAUCAAAGAGGCAAAUAUCAUUUGGGAUAUCAAGUUCCAGGUUAUGAAGGACGCCGCAUUGAUGGACUGUACAAAAUGCCAACAGAAGAAGCGGGAAGACAGAGAAUGGUCAGCCACGUCCACGAAUUCCUGACACUUCGGAAAAAGAAUGAGAUUGAAUUUUGCUUGCUAGAGGCAGCUCUGCAGGUCAUGACUCUAGAGGAGGUACAUCGGGUAGUUACAAACCAGAAUGAUCAGAUGUGAUUCACUAGCUGAGCAUGCACAGGGGGGAAAUUGCAUAUAGUCGACUUUGUUAUCAGGCCAGU